AUGAGGCUGAUCCUGGUUAAGCCCACCAACGCCACCCGCCGCUUGGACUCCUCAGGGGAAGUCUUCCACGAACCAGAAAAUGAGCGCUUCCACUCGGAGCGCCCCUCUCCUCCUGCCAGAACCACUGAAGGCAUUUGUGACGGCUACUCCGGGACCUCCAUCCAAGUGGUCCCAUCCCCUCAACGGUCCAGUCUGCACCGGGAGCCCAAAUGGAGAGACGUUUUUGGAGCAGGGCCGUUGUUAGUUCAGCAACGUCCAAAACAGGAUUCGCACUGUUCAAGUGGUGGAGAGGAGAUGUUUCACAAAUCUGAUGAUCCAACCACCAUCUCCAAGUAUCAUCGUGUUCAAGGAAGCAGUAAGGAAAAAAGAUCCUCUACCCCAACCGUAAACAGAAGUGUCCAGUCCCUGCUCACCAGUCACUUCAGUUCAAUGGAGAAGCAGGAUGUGAUGGUGGAAGGGGAGAGACGGCGGCAAACUCAGGUAAAUCCUCAUCAUCCCUUUGGCUCAAAACUGUCCCUCCCUAAGCACAGCCCUCCGGCCUCAGACACAGACACCAGUGAGAUAGUGAACGGUGAUGCACUAACGUCCAGUCUGGCAGAUUUCUACUCAUCCCAGCAGCCUCUUCAGCUCCUGGAGGACGCCUUCUCCAAAGUGAUCCGUGAAGACUCCAGUAAAACCCACAGUGAGAACCAGACGAGGGACGAGACCAACAACAUCCCCCAAAAGAAGUCCAGAGACAUCAGCUACAGACUGGGCCAGAGGAGAGCUCUGUUUGGGAAGCGCAAGCAGCUGAGCGAUUAUGCUUUAGUUUGUGGGAUGUUCGGAAUUAUCGUUAUGGUGAUUGAAACAGAGCUUUCCAGAGGGGUGUACACAAAGGAUUCUGCAUACUCCUUUGCCCUGAAAGGCCUCAUCAGUGUUUCCACAGCUAUUCUCCUGGUCCUCAUUGUGCUGUACCACGCUAGAGAAAUUCAGCUCUUCAUGGUGGACAAUGGCGCAGAUGACUGGAGGGUUGCUUUAACCGUGGAGAGGGUGCUGUUUGUUGCGUUGGAGCUCUGUGUGUGUGCGGUCCACCCCAUCCCGGGUCAGUACAUCUUCACCUGGACAACUCGAUUAGCCUUUAGCCACACCUCUUCCGUGGCUGACGCAGAUGUGGACAUAAUUCUUUCUGUGCCAAUGUUCUUGCGCUUGUACCUGAUUGGGCGAGUCAUGCUCCUUCACAGUAAACUGUUCACAGACGCCUCCUCGCGCAGCAUCGGGGCGCUCAACAAAAUCAGUUUCGACACCAGAUUUGUCAUGAAAACCCUGAUGACCAUCUGCCCCGGGACGGUCCUGCUAGUGUUCAGUGUGUCCUGUUGGAUCAUAGCAGCGUGGACAGUCAGAGUAUGUGAGAGGUACCAUGAUGCUCAGGAGGUCACCAGUACUUUCCUUGGAGCGAUGUGGCUGAUCUCCAUCACUUUCUUGUCUAUUGGCUAUGGCGACAUGGUCCCUCACACCUACUGCGGUAAAGGGGUUUGCCUUUUGACUGGGAUCAUGGGAGCUGGAUGCACUGCUUUGGUUGUUGCUGUUGUUGCAAGAAAAUCCGAAUUGACCAGGGCUGAAAAACAUGUUCAUAAUUUCAUGAUGGACACUCAGCUUUACAAAAAGAUAAAAAAUACAGCAGCCAAUGUGUUGAGAGAAACUUGGCUCAUCUACAAAAACACCAAACUGGUGAAGAAAAUAGAUCACGCAAAAGUACGGCAUCAUCAGCGCAAAUUCCUUCAAGCUAUUCAUCAACUUCGACGGGUCAAAAUGGAACAGCAAAAACUAACAGAUCAAGCAAACACAGUAGCAGAUCUGGCUAUGACUCAAAACAUGAUGUACGAUUUAGUAUCAGAGCUGCAGCACAGAAGUGAGGAGCUGGACCAAAGGAUUGCAGUUCUUGAAGAAAAACUGGACUCUAUUCUCUUCUCAGUACAGUCUCUUCCAACAGCUCUCUCCCAGGCAAUAACCAAGUUACAAAAGGAUUUCUUGGAUGAUCUCGCCUGCCGGGUCCACUUCCUCUCAUCCUCUCUGAGCUCCGAGUGCUGCUCCAUCCCUGUGAGACAGCUCUGCCCAGGCCCCACCACACCAGAGACACAGCACAGCCAAUAA